AACAAUAUGCUACGAACGAAGUUUUAGAAAUUAUUGCAUGCUCAGUAUCUGAAGAUGCUAAAAAGAAAAACAGUGAAGCAAAUGAAAACAUUUCUGAUUGUGAAGAUGAUAUUUCUACUACCAUUUCUGAGAUAUCAAUAUCCAAUUCUCUAUCUACUAAUAAAUCU